AUGACUAUAGUUCCUGUAUCUCCCCAUAAAACACCAAUGCCUAUUGCCGCCACUGCUCCUGCAGCUCUCUACGAAACAUCGAUACUUGUUACUGUCACUACUCUUGCAUCCCCCUUUGAAACAUCGAUUCAUAUGAUACACCAUUAUACGAUAUCCCGUGAAGGGGAUGACACUGUAAAGGGGAUACAUGUACAUUAUCAGAGGCCUUAUGUGACUCUCAGGGACUUAUCAUUUGAUAAUGCUAGUGGUGUCUAUUCUCACAUAAACUUCAGAGCUCAGAUGUACCAUUCAGAGUUGCGUUCUGUCUCAGUUGAACGUAAUGCAGUUAGGAAGGUGGUGCAUCAUCAGAUGAGGAUUACAGACUCUCAAAUUCGGGAUGAAGAUAGAGAUCUUAAAAAUAAGCUUUUACUUAAGUUUGGAGGUCACAUUGGCUCUUUGAAGUUGGAAUUCUCAAAGAAGAAGAAGAAGGGGAAACUCCCAAAAGAAGCUCGCCAAACACUCACUCAGUGGUGGAAUGUGCACUACAAAUGGCCAUACCCAACGGAGGGUGAUAAGAUAGCGUUGGCUGAAUCAACGGGGCUAGAUCAGAAGCAAAUAAACAAUUGGUUCAUAAAUCAAAGAAAGAGACACUGGAAACCAGUGGAGAACAUGCAGUUUGCAGUAACGGAAACCUAUCUGGGACAACAGUAUUUAGCGAGGACUGAAUUCAGAUGA